CGGCGGCGGCGGUGGCGGCGGGGGAGCCCGAGCUGGGGCGGCGACGAAGGUCGGGCCACCGCGCGGCGACCUCGGGUCCCGGAGCGGCCAGAGCGCAGCCCGGGCGCCGUUGCACUUCCCCGUGCGCGCCCCUCCGCGCGCAGCCCCGAUGCUGGACAUGAGCGAGGCCCGCGCCCAGCCGCCCUGCAGUCCGUCCGGCACCGCCAGCUCCAUGUCGCACGUGGAGGACUCGGACUCGGACGCGCCGCCGUCGCCCGCGGGCUCCGAGGGCCUGGGCCGCGCGGGGAGCACGGGGGGCGGUGGGCGGGGGGACGCGGCCGAGGCGGCGGACGAGCGCUUCCCCGCCUGCAUCCGCGACGCCGUGUCGCAGGUGCUCAAGGGCUACGACUGGAGCCUGGUGCCCAUGCCGGUGCGCGGGGGCGGGGGCGGCGCGCUCAAGGCCAAGCCUCACGUGAAGCGGCCCAUGAACGCCUUCAUGGUGUGGGCGCAGGCGGCGCGCCGCAAGCUGGCGGACCAGUACCCGCACCUGCACAACGCGGAGCUGAGCAAGACGCUGGGCAAGCUGUGGCGCUUGCUGAGCGAGAGCGAGAAGCGCCCCUUCGUGGAGGAGGCGGAGCGGCUCCGUGUCCAGCACAAGAAGGACCACCCGGACUACAAGUACCAGCCGCGCCGCAGGAAGAGCGUCAAGACCGGCCAGAGCGACUCGGACUCGGGCGCCGAGCUGGGCCACCACCCUGGCGGCGCCAUGUACAAGGCCGACGCGGGCCUCGGCGACGCGCAUCACCACGGCGACCACACAGGGCAGACCCACGGGCCGCCCACCCCGCCCACCACCCCCAAGGCCGACCUGCACCAGGCGGGCGCCGGCGCGGCCAAGCCGGAGCUGAAGCUGGAGGGGCGCCGCCUGGUGGACAGCGGGCGCCAGAACAUCGACUUCAGCAACGUGGACAUCUCCGAGCUCAGCAGCGAGGUCAUGGACACCUUCGACGUGCACGAGUUCGACCAGUACCUGCCCCUGAACGGCCACUCGGCCCUGCCCGCGGAGCCCAGCCAGGCCGCCGCCGGCUCCUACGGGGGCGCCUCCUACUCUCACCCCGGGGUGUCCCCGGUGUGGGCCCACAAGGGUGCCCCGCCGGCCUCGGCCUCCCCGUCCGAGGCGGGCCCCCCGCGGCCGCACAUCAAGACGGAGCAGCUGAGCCCCGGCCACUACGGCGACCAGCCCCACGGCUCGCCCGGCCGCGCCGACUACGGCUCCUACAGCGCCCAGGCCAGCGUGACCACGGCCACCCCCGCCACGGCCGCCAGCUCCUUCGCCAGCUCGCAGGGCGACUACACCGACCUGCAAGCCUCCGGCUACUACAGCGCCUACCCCGGCUACCCGUCCGGCCUCUACCAGUACCCCUACUUCCACUCGCCCCGCCGGCCCUACGCCUCGCCCCUGCUCAACGGGCUGUCCCUGCCGCCCACCCACAGCCCCACCAGUAACUGGGACCAGCCCGUGUACACCACGCUGACCAGGCCCUGAGGCCACCGUGCCCUGGAGAGGGGCCCCUGCCGGCGAGGACGGCCUCUUCUCCGCCAAGACCCGCCAGGCCCCCGGGGCUCCUGGCUGUGCGCUGGCCGGUGGGGGAGCGGCUGGGUCACCGGCCAAGUGCCUGCCAAAGCUGCAGAAACGCCUCUGUCACCAACGUCCGAGGCCUGCAGGUCUCCAAGCCUCCGCUGACAGACAGCGCUCUCUUUUCCUUCCUUCUCCCUCUCUGAGGUGGCUGGGGAGCCCCAAAGGACGGCCACUCGUCCCUCUUCUGUGUGGCCCGCGGGCACCGGCUCCUGGGGUUUGCGUCUCUGUCCCUGCAAAGCAGCAGCGCAGAGGACGGGGCAGGCCUGUGGUUUCGGCCGGGGCUGCCGGAGCACCAGGCCCGCCUGGGCACCGAGACCCCCUCGCACCAACGGAGGACGCUCCCGGGACGGCGGGUGGCCUGUCACACGCUCAGGCUUCGUCCACGCGAGCGAGCGCCCCGGGGACCAGCCUGUGAGACCCCGGCACUCCUUGUAGUCAGUCGUCCCGGGCAAGGUUUGGCUGUGAUUAACAAAACUUCUCUCUUUUUAUUUUAUUUUUUGGUCAUUUUUAUUUUUGAAGCUUGAAAGUAUUUGUUUGGAAAGCUGUUAAAGAUGUAUUUAUGUUCUUUAUUAUUUUAUCUUUAAUUAAUGAAGUAAUUUGUGCAAAGAGUAGAAUUUAAGACAAAAUGGAAGCCGGGAAGCUUGCUCGGGGCCCGGCGGGGAGGAGGGUCACAGUGUUGGCGUCGGUGGCAUCUCAGUGGUGGCAUCUCAGUGCUCGGAUCUGGCAUUUGGGGAGGCCACCUGCCCCGGGAAGCCUCAGGGGCCUGGGCGCUGCCCCGCCCGCUUGGUGGCCAGAAACCCUGGGAGGAGAAGGGGUUUGCCGGGCAGCGUCUCUGGUCAGGCCGGGGUGCCCAGCGCCCAGCGUUAGGUUGGGGUGUGGGCGGCAGGGUUGGCCCUGCCCGCAGCCUGCCAGGUGGCGGAAGACAGGAACUUCCUGGGGAGGGCGGCUCAGAAACGUGACCAUCUUUGCCGCGGGCGCCACCUCCCAAGCUGUGAGACAACCUUCUCCACAGAGCGUUCUCCUGGCUGCAGAGGAGCGGGACUGAUUUAGCUACUCCGCUUCUGCCGUGCUGAGCAUACGAUAACCGCCUACUUCAUGGAAACUCGUGCCUUUAAAACUUUGUAAAUUUAAAUACAUCUGAGAAGUUGCUUCUUUUUACUUUUUCUACUUUUCCUACCUUUUUCUAGAAAAAAGAAUUUUUUUUUUUGGCACCUCUCUCGGGGGGUGGGGACCGCAGCAAACUGGUUUUACGCGGUCUGUCCCCGGGCCGCGUGCGGGAAGACUGGCCUGCCGCAACGCGCUACGCUCUGACCAAGCAGCACUAACUUUUGUACAGAUCAGUUUGGUAAAAUUAAA